CCUGUCGCGAGCGCGCGGAAUAAAUCUCCGCCCCAACUUGAUGCUGAGCCUCUAGCGCUACGUCACUGUGCCGCGGGGGCGCGCAGCUGUGUGUGAGAGAGACUGGAGCGCGAAUGCGCUGUGUGCGGCCGUUGGCAGCGGGAGAGUCGGUCGGUGCGCAGCGGAGGAGGCAGCGCUGCACCCGGGGAGGAUUUUGUCUCUGCCGCGCUGGGAUUGAAUCUCUUCCUCAGCUCCGUUACAUGUGGAGGUGCGACUCGCUGCUCGGCGGGGCUCGGAUGCCACUGGCUGAUAAGGCACAAAAGGGGGCUCCGUGCCGGUAACUGUGCCGGGAGUCUGUGGGGAGGAAGCGGCGGCGCUAAGGCCAUUUAUACGGACAGACUCCGCGGGGGAGGAGCAAAGUGAGACACAAUGAGUGAACAGAGCAUAUGCCAAGCCAGAGCGGCUGUAAUGGUUUACGACGAUGCCAAUAAGAAGUGGAUACCGGCGGGCGGAUCAACAGGGUUCAGCAGAGUUCAUAUUUAUCAUCACACGGGAAAUAACACUUUCAGGGUCGUGGGAAGGAAGAUUCAGGAUCACCAGGUGGUGAUAAACUGUGCCAUUCCCAAAGGACUGAAAUAUAACCAAGCGACUCAAACCUUCCACCAGUGGAGAGACGCCAGGCAAGUCUAUGGCCUCAACUUUGGAAGUAAGGAGGAUGCCAAUGUCUUUGCAAGUGCCAUGAUGCAUGCCUUAGAGGUGCUGAACUCCCAGGAAUCUGGUCCUACACUGUCUCGGCAGAACUCCCAUAUACCUACUCAAGUACAGAAUGGCCCCUCCCAGGAGGAACUGGAGAUUCAGAGAAGACAACUGCAAGAGCAGCAGCGACAGAAGGAGUUGGAACGUGAGAGGCAGGAAAGAGAACGGCUGGAACGUGAGCGAUUGGAGUGCGAGCGGAUGGAACGAGAGAGACUCGAAAGGGAAAGACUGGAAAGGGAGAGAUCCGAAAGGGAGAGACUUGAAAGGGAGAGACUAGAACAAGAACGUUUAGAGCAAGAGCAACUGGAGCUGGAACUACAGGAAAGAGAGCGUCAAGAACAGCUGGAGCAAGAGCUCCAAGAGCAAGAGAGACUUGAACAAGAGAGGCAAGAAAGAGAGGCCCAGGAACAGCUGGAAAAGGAGCAGCUGGAAUGGGAAAGAGAGCGGAGAGUGUCCAAUGCUGACUCCUCUUUCGACAACUCGCUGUAUAACACUCAACAUGUUGAUUUCUCCACUUGCCUGCCUCAUGCACCCUCUCCCAUAACUUAUGCUAAAGCCAUUUCAGUUCCAGUCUCCUCUAUUUGUACUGAGUCCAUUGCUGACUAUGUAUUAGUAACCUCUACAUCCAUUAACUCUACUCCACCAACACCUCCACUACGACACUCAGCGUCACGUUUUGCAACAUCUUUGGGCUCUGCCUUUCAUCCUGUUCAACCCCAUUAUGCCACGGUUCCCCGACCUGUUAAUAAAAUAGCCCGACCUCCUUCUCCGGUGAAUGCUGCUCCUCCUCCACCACCUCCACCUCCUGUGAAGCCUUUAUCCUGGUCUGCUUCUAAUUUUGCUCCCCUUCCUCCUUCUCCUCCUGUGAUGAUUAGCAGUCCUCCUGGAAAAGCAACUGGUCCUAGACCUGUCCAUCUAGUCUCUGCUCACAACCAACUGGCUCAAAUGGUUCAUAUGUCCUGUGCACCGAGUGGGCACACAGACAGCUCUAUUUACCAAGUGUCUUCUACACCAGCAGCAAAUCCUUUUCCACCUCCCCCACCCCCAUUGCCAUCAUUCCUACCAUUUUCAUUGUCCUCAUCUCCUUCCCCAAGCACCUCUGUUGUCUCAGCACCUUCAUCCCAGCCUAGUGUUCUCCCUUCUCCCUCUGCAGCUUCCCCUGCCUCUGUUGAGAAUUCUUUAUGUUCUGUGCUGGGAGACUUCUCUGCUUCUCAGCCAGACUUGACUACACCUUCUCAGCUGAUUGACCCUGCGGCCCAUCCGGGUGUUAUACCUGGACCACCCACACCUCCUCCCCCGCCACCUCUUCCACCUGGUUCAAGUUUGUCUUCAGCAACUACCCCCCCAGCUCCACCUCUACCCCCUCCUCUUCCUCCUUCAGGCCCAGCUCCACCUCCACCUCCUGGGCCUCCACCUCCACCUGGACCUCCACCUCCACUACAUAGCCAAGCUCCUCCUCUGGCUCCUCCUCCUCCACCGGCACCUCCUCUUCCAUCCUCUGCAGCUUCAUUUGGAUCAGAAGAGAACCAUCCUUUAUCAGGACUAGCUGCUGCUCUUGCAGGAGCUAAACUUCGAAAAGUGUCCCGGAAUGAAGAUUCCGCCACUCAGGGGGUGGCAAGUGCCACUGGAACAAGCUCUGCUGCUGCUAAAACAGAACCGAGCCGUGGGAAUGGACCUCUCCCAAUGGGAGGCGGAGGACUGAUGGAGGAGAUGAGUGCUCUGUUAGCCAGAAGGAGGCGAAUAGUUGAGAAAGCACCAACAGUAGAAGCUGAUCCAAAGGAAGAUAAAGCUGAGGAAUCAGAGCCUCUACCUACCAAGGCUCCCUCGGCCAGCACACCUGAACCAACUAGGAAGCCUUGGGAAAGGACGAACACAAUAAAUGGCAGCAAAUCGCCCGUUAUCUCUAGACCAAAGUCUACACCAUCAGGGCAGCCAAGUGCCAAUGGAGUACAGUCAGAAGCAUUAGACUAUGACAGAUUGAAGCAGGAUAUAUUAGAAGAAAUGAGAAAAGAACUAACAAAACUUAAAGACGAACUUAUUGAUGCCAUAAGACAAGAACUAGGAAAAUCAAACAGCGCAUAGAGAAGCCAAUGGCUGAGGAGAUCUGUUCACUUGCCCUGAAUGGAAAUGCUCACGUUUUCUACAGAGAUUGAAAGAAGUCCUGCACCUGCGGAGCCGCGUAUCAAGACCUCUUUAGAGACUUCUCUUUGGAUCUAUGAGAUUUUACACUUAGGGGUUUCUGCUACUUUUCCUGAGCUUUGAGAGCCGCGGGAAACCGUCUUAAAAGUUACUGUCCCGAUUAUGCAGAAGCGAUUUUUUUUUCCCCCCGUCGAAAGAGGCUUGCCGUUUAUUGGGGGAAAAAAAACAAACAAAAUCAUGAAGUCAAGAAAUUGCACAUAUUUCAACAAAAAAAAAAAAAAAAUCAUAAUUUUAAAAUGAGAAGAGUGUGGGGGAUAUUUUAAAGACUGAUCUAGCAAGUUAUACCGCUGUGUACUGCAAGUGUAACUCAGGUUCGUCUUCCUAUAUUUGAUAUUUCCAUAAUUAACUGUCGCGGAUUCUGUCACUGUACUGGGAACAUGGUCAUUAACCUGCAGGAUAAGCGCGAACACGGGGCAAUAUAUGGGAGAAGAUGAAUUUGUUAGGAGUCUUUAUAUUUUAUUUUUUUCUUUGAUCUGACUGGAUGCCUUUUUUUUCUUUUGUAGAAUUGAAAAAAAAAAAAAAAUCAAAAUGAUCUGUUUGAUUAUAUAAAUGCCUUUCCAAAUCGCUAUGAUGCUUUACCAAAUCCAACACAGCUAUAUAAUAGAGAUCUGUAAUCUUUCAUACAGUGCACCGAUGGUAUGUUUUGGAAUCGUGCCCAUAUAUAGAUAUAAAUAUAUCUUUUUUUUUUUUUCUCUUUUUUUUUUUUUUUGCAUGGGAACAUUUAGAUUCAUAAUCCGAUAAUACUGAUCUGUUUUCGAUUACAGAGGCACUGCAUGGCACAUUACCUUUUAAAUUGGCUAUACAUUUAGAGAGGUGUAGGCUCAGCUAUACACACAUCUCUACAUAUAUAUAUAUAUAUAUAUAUAUAUAUAUAUAUAUAUAUAUAUAUAUAUAUAUAUAUAUAUAUAUAUAUAUAUAUAUAUAUAUAUAUAUAUAUAUAUAUAUAUAUAUAUAUAUAUAUAUAUAUAUUUUCCCAAAUCCAAGGUGCACACUGUUCACUAGGUUAUUGCCCGGGUGCCUGCAUAAAGGAUAUAUAGAACACAUAAAGUAGGAUGUGGCACUCACAAGGACUUGAUGCAAAAACAAAAAAUCUUUAUUGGACUCUUCGUCAGGAGAAAUACAGCAAAGAACUGUUUGUUUUUUUUUCCGUGGCAGUGGAAACAACGCUUCUCUCAAAUCUUGCACUUUGGAAUUAUAGGAAAUGAGUAUAGUAAUAAUAUCCAAGAGGUAAAACCUUGAUGAGCCAGACUUGUGGAACGCAGUCAUUCCCUUCCAUUUCUGCUAUUCGCCAUCCCACUGCUUUCAUGUUCGUUAUCGGAAAAGGGUUGGUUACAUGCAGGAAUUCUGUAUGUCCGGCCACUCGAUGGCACGGACAUUUGUUUCAGAGUUGAAUAAUUUGGUUUUCUUUCUGACCGGCCAUAGGAUCUUCCAUAUGGAAGAUUAUAAAGCCCUAUAUUGCUAUUGAACGCUGCGUUGCUGUUAAAAGCUGGCCAUAGACGCAAAGAUCCGAUCGUACGAAGCCUCGACAUUUUUCGUCCCAUGGAGAUUGGCCGUUUGGACGAUCGCCCAGGUUGAAAGAUAUCGGCUGCCGAUAAUAUCUCUGCAUGUAUUGCCGAUCUGAGUGGGAGACUUUUGUCGGACAUAAACUUUUGUACAAUUGCUGUAGGGGCAGAACAUCGACUGAUCUGUUCUUUUACUACUUUAUUUAAACUGAAGGUUAGCGGCAGGUCGGGAGAUGGGGAAGUCCUGGAUCUAUGCGUCUAUGGCCAGCUUAAGAGACCUUCGCCAUGGUUUAGCAAAUGGGUUUUGUUUUAUUUUAAAUGUAUGUUAAUUGGAUUAGUGCCAUAUAGACUUUCAGACGAUUCCCUUCAGAGAUAUCCUAUUUAGCGUCCCCAAUAAGUAAUGGUCAGCAAAGCGGAACACUCCCAAGGCUUUGAGCGUCAAUAUUCCUGGCCACAAUAUGGGUGUAGGAAAGGAUUGUAGAGAAUCAUAUCAGAGUAUGAAAAACUAGUUGGUUUUCUUUUCUAAACUUGUUCUGCAUGGCACGCAGUAAAGGGAAGUAGAAAAAAGCAGCAAGCUUGUAACGUACUUGCUUACUUUAGGUAGAAACCGAAGCAUUAUCAUGUUUGUAAAUGCAAAAAUCACCUCGAGAAUUUAGCCAUGUGUAAAGAGAUUGUGUUCAGGUUUCUUUCUCUGAAAUGUAGUGGUUUCUUGGGGGAAAAGCAGUCCAAAGGAAAGUAGGCGAUCAGCCUUGAAUGAAAACAGUUUAUGCACUAAACGUUUCGUGCCUUGGUCUAAAAUGAACAUGAUUUCAAUUUGAAAGUAAUCAAAUGUUUUCAUUUUGUCGUCACCAUUUUUCCCGAUUUUUCUUUUUCAAUUUCCGUUGUUUUCCCCCCUCCCUCCUUAAUUGAUCUCCGGAAUUGCAAAAUUCUAGCCACGAGUUACGGCCGAUAGAGAUUUCAGUCAUUCAAGCUACGGAGGCUAAGGGUUUAUUUACUUUUAAUGUCCAACUAGGAAAGUCCCCCCCCCAAAGAAUAAAACAUGUUUCUGCUGGUCUUGUCUUGUGUGUCGGGAUCCUUUUAACCCGCAAACGGGUAGAGCGAUUCCUCCCAAUCCAAGGAAGCUUUUGCUUUCUCAACACUGUGAUCUGAGCUGUGAUAUAAAUUUAUACGCACGUGGUUACGAAAUCAAUGACAAUGAAAAUGAAUGUACAAAUCUUAGUGCUGGUGCUGAAAUCUCUAACCAUUUUUAUCAUGAUCUUUCAUGGUCGUUUUUGUGUCUCAUUUUGGUUUAUUUGGAACACUAAUCUUGCCUGUUCAUGCUAUAGAUUUUCCACUUUGUUUUUUUUUUUCCAAGUUCAUCUCUGCUGCUUUGUUUUUCUUUUGUUUUUUACCAUUGUUUCAUUUUAAAUUUACUACAUGCUGUUUUGUUUGCGCAAAUUAAAUAAAAUUGCAAUAUAUGUGUUGCCGCUAUUUUGUCUGUUAAAGAAUACUAAUAAUAAUGUACAAUAUUUGGACCGCCCUAAGAAUUUCCCACUGGUUUUAUUGAAUGUUUAUAAUAGGAUGCCUGGUUGCCAUGGUAUUAACCUUGGAGAUUUACAUAAUGCUAUCAUUAUUUUUCUAAUUUUGAAGACACAUUUUACCAGAAUUAAGCACCGACAAAUGUUAAAAGCAUAUAUGUAAUACUUAUAAAUGAAUAAUGUAUAUGAA